AUGCCUCACUCAAUCCCUUCUGCCGGGAACUCGCCCCCGAAGCCAGACAUGGAUGUGGACAGCCAAGAGGCGACCGAGCCUACCAACGGCGACAGCCAGGUCUCACGAGCAACGGAUGGCGAUGUCGACAUGACCGAGCUGCCUGUGGUCGAGGCGCAGCCCGGUACAGGAGACGUGAAGAAAGAGACCAAACUCGAGGAUCUGUUUGAAGACUCCGAUGAAGAAUUUCCUAGCUCGCGUCCGCAGGAUGCCUCCAGUCCUCCCGGCACCAGCGCUCCUCUUGGUGACAUCGCGUCUCUCAAGGCGUCCGAUCCAGGAUUGAUGCGCAGCUUUUACCAGAGACUCUUUCCCUGGCGUUAUCUUUUCCAAUGGCUCAACCACAGUCCCACUCCUACCCCAGACUUCGGCCAUCGCGAGUUUGCCUUUACUUUACAGAACGAUGCGUACCUCCGCUACCAAUCCUUCCAAACAUCAGACCUUCUUCGCAAAGACGUGUUGCGCCUCAUGCCUUCGCGUUUCGAAAUCGGGCCGGUCUACAACACGAAUCCCCGUGAGCGCAAGACUCUACGCAACUCCUCCGCGUUUAAGCCUCUUUCCAAGGAGCUGUGCUUCGAUAUAGAUUUGACCGACUACGACGAGAUCCGUACCUGCUGCGACAAGGCCAACAUCUGCAACAAAUGCUGGCAGUUCAUGACCAUGGCCAUCAAAGUCAUCGACAUCGCCUUGCGAGAGGACUUCGGCUUCAAACACAUCAUGUGGGUGUACUCCGGUCGACGUGGUGCCCACGCCUGGGUCUGCGACAAGAAGGCGCGGGUGAUGGACGACCAGAAGCGGAGAGCCAUUGCGGGAUACCUGGAAGUCAUCCGCGGCGGCUCACAGAGUGGGAAGAAGGUCAAUGUCAAGCGCCCUCUUCACCCGCACCUGACGAGGAGCCUGGACAUCCUCAAGACGCAUUUCCAAGAGGAUGUCCUCGAGGAGCAGAACCCCUGGGAGUCUGAAGAGCGGUCUAAGAAACUGCUGCAGCUCCUUCCGGACAAGACACUCAACGAGGCCUUACAAAAGAAGUGGGAUUCCGCUCCUGGCAGGGCCUCGACCUCAAAGUGGGCGGAUAUCGAUACCCUGGCAAAGAGUGGCGUAAGCAAGCAUCUAGACCCCAAAGCUUUGAAGGAGGCGAAGCAGGACAUCGUCUUGGAGUAUACCUACCCUCGCCUCGAUAUCGAGGUCAGCAAGAAGCUCAACCAUUUGCUCAAGAGCCCCUUCGUCGUCCAUCCCGGCACAGGCAGGGUGUGUGUUCCCAUCGACACUGCCGCCUUGGAGGACUUUGACCCCCUUGGCGUCCCCACCGUGCAGGGCCUGCUGCAAGAAAUUGACGAGUGGAAGGAGGACGGCGACGCCAAUGGAGGCAAGCCGCUCCAGGAUUGGGAAAAGACGAGUUUAAGACCUUAUAUCGAACAGUUCAGGUCGUUUGUACUGAAUCUUAUGAAGGACGAGAGGGACGUCAAGGUAAAGAGGGAGGCUGAUGCGAUGGAUUUCUGA